AUCUGACCUGUGCGUGGCACUUCCUUCUUCCUUUUCCUCAACUGUGGAGCAGUGAUAGUCCACACACCCCAGUGUGAGAGAAUCCCUACUAUUUAACCGAGCCGACUCACAGGCACAUUAACCUGACAACACUGGAACUCCACUGCACCCGUCAUCAUGACCACCAUCCAUCUCCUCAUCAUAUCGGUGCUGUUUGUUUCUUCAGCGGUCUCUACUUUUAAUGUGACCCGCAUUAGAGUUUUUCCUGCAGCAAACCACAGCAUCGCAGGAGUGAUGCAGGUCAGCUACACAAACGAACAGAACCAGCCUCAGUAUGCUUUCAAUGCAUCUCAAGCCCGAAACCUCUGCUGGUUCCUCGGACUGAACAUUGCCACAAAAUCACAAGUGGAGCAAGCUCUUAGUCGGGGUUUUGAAACAUGCAGAUUCGGAUGGAUUGAUGAGCAUUGUGCAGUCAUUCCUCGCAUCCAUGCAUUUACAAUCUGUGGCCAAAACCAGACUGGGCUGGUGGAGUGGCGAACAUCAGUGACAAAAAUGUUUGACGUGUUUUGCUUCAACGAAUCAGAUGCAACAGGACAACUACAAGAUGCAGAAACUCCCAGGAAUGACCUUGAGUUUACUGAGGCCCCCAACUCCACCCUGACCUCACAGUUUGUAUCUUCUAUCACCACCGCUGAAGCCAUGAUCAAGGAAGAAGAACCGGCUCGCUUUGUCAGCUCUCCACAUGGCUCGACUGGAGCAAAUAUUGUGCUCAUCGGCUGCACCUGUGGUCUGCUGCUAACUUCAAUAGCCAUCUUUGUCUACCUGAAAGUGAGAAGACGUUGGUCCCUGAGUUCCUCUAAGAAGCAACAGAAGGAGUACAUCCAGACAGAAGAGCUGAAGCUUGCCAAAAAUGUUUCAGAAACCACGAAAGCUGUUGAUGAGCAGCAGAGGACAGAAGCCUGCAGCUGUGAAGAUUAAACCAAAUAUUUUACUUCUUCAAGAAAAGAGACUUCCAAUUGGGAUUGAUAACACAUGUACAUUUUUUUUUUCAGUUUGUCCCCUAGAGGGCAAUGUUUGCAAAGACAAAACUGGUGACCUCUUUAACUCUAAAACAUUGUGUUCUGUUCCUGAGAUAAUGACCUCGCACAUACUACCAACAUUUCUAUUUAAACUCACAGAACUUCAGUAAAACAAACGCUGUGUUCCAGACAUUAAUCUCUGCCAUCCCAGCUGACUUUGUAAAGCUUUUAAGCUAUACAUGUUCUCCUGUCAGAUGUGCGGUGUAUACAGUAACUGGGAGGUUUUUCAGCUGUUUCUAUGGCAUAGGGUUCAAGCCCGGUUGUUUAUACAUAUGGGAUUUGUUUAAUGACAAAGACAGAAGUGAAUAUGCUUCUUUCAACAAUCCAAACCUUUAAAAACAAAGUACCAUCAUACGUUUGAGGCACACUAGUUCACAUGUUCAUGCCUGUCACGUUGCAGCUGUAUAGGUUUUCUAUUUAUUUUUGUGCUAUUUUCUUGAUAAACUUUGCAGCCAAAUGUGGAAAUGUUAGCAGAGAGGGCAGGAACCCCCUUUAAUCAUGUUAUUCCUGCAGAGGAGUCAUGGCUUCAGAUUUCACUGCGUCAACAAUGAAGCUGAGUUCAUUGCAGAGAGUCUCGUGUCUGUAGGCCAUGCGGAUUUGGGCAACAUUGGUCCGACGGAUGUCGUUUCCUUCAUGCCCGUCUUUCAAAUAAUUCAGCCCCAGGAAGUGUUUCUUGUCCUUAAAGUAAAAAGUCAUUUUGAAAAAUGUGUAAGUGGUUCCGAGGGUAUUUUUUAAACGUGAAAAAAAGUUAGUACUACCUGGUGACACAGUCCACUUUGCAGAACACUAUUCCUGGCUAUUUCACACACGUCACAGGUGCUGAGCUUCCACAGCUGAGCUGCUAUGGCAUAUUCCUCCAUCAGUGGUUCCUUACAUACAAACACACAGGUGUUUUUAAAUCCCCCUCAUUAUGAAAGCUAAACAUCAGUUUACUCUAUAAAACUAUGUUAACUCGUUUACCUUAGUGUAGUGGAACUGCAUGGGGUCAUCAGUGGACAGGGACACACACAGACCUUUGUGCAGAAAGUCCCUGAGAGGGUUUUUGGAGUAUUCCAGGAAAAGACUGUUGUUGCUAAGUGGAGACAUUGCGAUGGGCACUUGUGCCAAGUAGUAAAGGUACUGCAGAACAGGGCUCUGAGGAAGAAUGAGAACUAAAACUCCAACAGACAGAGAAUCUCAUGCUGCAAAAAUGUAUAAAGUGCUUGUUUUCCCUUUUUUGUUGUUGCAAUAAGGAGUUUUAAUUCUAUUACUACUAUCCAUUAAAUGUAAUAAAGAAUAUUUCAUACAGAACUUUAGGCACUUGGGUUAUUGUGACAACUUAUUUAAAUAGGAUACAAACCCAAUUGAAUAACAUUUUCAAUUUACAUCACUUUCAGGGAAUACAAAGUAAACAAUUUUUCCAGCCUCUGGAAUAAUUACUUAAUCUGUGCUGAGUUAAGUGGAUUUUUUGGCCGAUUACUGUUGAGAACGAUAAAACUAACCAGCAGACAUAAACUUGCACAUGAACAAAGUAUUUCUAAAAAUGCACAAAAAAAGGAAAUUAUGUUUUCUGUCUUGUGCGUUUUUUUAGUCACAAAAAAGCAAUAAGCUUCUCGCAAGACAAUGGAAGAUCUUUCUGAAGUUAUUUGCUUUCUAAAUGACUUUUUCAUUUGGAUUUUGCACAAAAAUAUGUUUAUGGUUAAUUUUAAAAAUCAAGUGGUUUGCAAAUAAUUAU